AUGGCGGAAGAGGAGCAGCGUUGAGUUAGCUCUCAGUUUUUAUUUCAGUGUAAUAAACUGUUGAUAAAUAUAGUUCAUCUCCUCCGUCUCUUUUUUCUGAGACAAUGGGGAACGAAGCCAGCCUCGAGGGAGGCGGACAGCCGGGGGAACCAGGCUCCGCUGUCCCAAUGGCAGGAGCUCCGGGUUCCAUUUCAGCACCACCGGGCUCUGGACAGCUCAUAAAGCCCAGUAAUGGUGCGCCAGCCGGGGGAGGAACAGCGGCUGGGCCGGGGCCGGGGAUUAACAGUGUUGCCGGGAGACCGAGCCAGGCUGAGCACACACAGGGGGCCAAAGCAGGGGCCCCGCCCGGACCUGAGGACAGCAGAGGAGCUGCGCCCUACCGCCUCGCCACCCACGUGAGCCCUGCCCAGCAACCUCCGCAGGGCCCCCCCCAGCACGCCGCCCCACGCAACCUGGACGUCAGUGGAGCUGGGAGGACGGGGCAGUCGGCCGCGCCGUCCCCGGACAGGGGCAGCGCCCCCACCUCUCCGUACUCUGUGCCCCAGAUCGCCCCCAUGCCCAGCAGCAAGCUGUGUCCUGUGUGCAACACCACGGAGCUGACCCAGGAUCAGCCAAACUUCAGCACCUGCACGCAGUGCCGCUCCACCGUGUGCAACCAGUGCGGCUUCAACCCCAACCCCCAUCUCACACAGGUGCAGGAGUGGCUGUGCCUGAACUGUCAGAUGCAGCGAGCCCUGGGGAUGGACAUGACGACUCCACGCUCCAAGAGCCAGCAGCAGAUACACUCUCCCUCUCACCAAGCCAAACCCUUGCCCUCUGCCCAGACCGAGCCCCAGCCCCAGCCCCAGCCCCAGCCCCAGCCCCAGGCUUCUCCAGGCCCGCAGAGACAGACCGGGCCACAGAGCGGGCCUGCGCCCCAGCAGAGGGGACCUGCUGGACAGACUCCGGCCCAGGCAGGCAGGGGCCCUCUGCCAGCAGGGGGCAUGGCCAAGGCCCCGUCGCAGCCCGACUUGUCCCGCUCCUCCCCCCUGCCCAGCCGACAGGACCACACCCGCAGCGCCGGCAGCUCCCCCUCCAAGCAGCCUCCGCCACCCCAGGACGCGCCGUUUGGGAAGCUGUUCGGCUUUGGGGCGUCGCUCCUAAACCAGGCCAGCACCCUUAUGUCUGUGGACCCCACCCCAGCCGCGCCCUCCGCGGCAGCCGGCAAACCCCAAGGCCCUGCCAGCACUCCCGGGACAGCUCCGGGCAAACCAGGAGGAGCCCCGCCCCCACAAGCACAGGCCCCGACCCCCCAGCAGCAGGCCCGGCCGGAGCCUGGCACCAAAGCCAGCUGUCCUCUGUGCAAGACUGAGCUGAAUGUUGGCAGCACACAGCCGUCAAACUAUAGCUCCUGCACGCAGUGCCACAUGCAGGUGUGCAACAUGUGCGGCUUCAACCCCACACCGCACCUGCUGGAGAAGAAAGAGUGGCUUUGCCUAAAUUGCCAGACCCAGAGGCUAAUGUCUGGGGGCCUGGGUGAUGAACCACUUCCUGUUCCUCAACCAUCUCCAAAACACCAGCCAACGGGCUCACCUCGGCAGCAAGCACCAGCCAGUCAGCAGCAAGCCCAGCAGCCACCACUACAGAAAGGGCCCAAUCAGCAACCAGGACCAAGGCCGCCAGGCCAACAGAAACCCGUUGCUAGCCAAGUAAGUGGGCCUUUCUCCCCAGCCAAACAGCCAGUGCCGACUGUCCAGGAUAAGACUCUGUCACAGCCAGCGGUCUCAAAGGAACCCAAGGACCAGCAGCCAGUCCUGGAUAAGGAUAAAACAACACCCAAACCAGAGAGGGAAACUGAGAUCCGUUCCUCUCCAGUGAAGGGGGAGUUGGAUCAGAUCAUUCCAGCAAAAGAAACCAAGAAAAAUGGAGGGUCUCAGAAGUCUAGACAAAGUGACGAUGGCAGUAAGUCCAGUUUGCAGGACGUGUCACGGAGCCCCCAGAGCUUGAGUGAUACGGGAUACUCCUCGGAUGGGAUCUCCAGCUCACAGAGUGAGAUCACUGGUCUAAUCAAGGAGGAGGGGGUGAAGCUAAGCGAGCGGGGGCUCAGUGAACACAGCCCCCCCAGCCCCUCCGAGAUCACCAAGCUGGAAACCUCCAUGCGCCCCCUGCUGGAGUCCAAGACUAUUGCAGACCAGGAGCGGGAGCGGGGCCGGGGGAGACAUCAACGUGACUCCAGGGAUAUCGAUGAUAAGAAGCAGAGGCCUCGGUCCCUGUCCAUCAACCAAGAGGAGCAGGAGGGGGAGGGGGAGGAGAGUCAAGCAGACUGGGACAGGCGCCGGGACCGCAGAAGUAGCAACGCCGAGUCGUCGGACGACCUCAGCUGCAAGCUGCGGCACGACUAUGUGGAGGACAGCAGCGAGGACGGAUUUUCUCCCCUCGCAACCAAGCAGAGGAAAACUCCAAAAGACAUGACGGAUGAGGAGUUCAUGAGGAGGCAGAUCUUGGAAAUGAGUGCUGAUGAGGAUGAGCAUGAAGAGGAUGAAGGGUAUGGCUACACAAAACCAAAAAAGAACCAAAAGCACAGCACCGAUUCAGGGAAGGACAAACGCCGCCUCACUCAUCACUCCAGCAGCUAUGAAGAAGACAGCAAAGGAGCCUCUGAUGUCUACAGGGACACAAGGGAUGAUGAGGAUGAUGGGAUGAUGGCUUCGCAAGGAGGUCUCCGCCGCUUUAAGACCAUUGAACUGAACAACUCUAAUAGUUACAACCGUGACAUAGAACUCAGCACAGAGAACGACCUCACUCUGGACAGAGAGCCAGAGCUUGAAAUGGAGAGUCUGACCGGCUCUCCUGAUGAGCGAUCAAGGGGAGAAUACUCUUCGACUCUCCCUGCAACCACGCCAAGCUAUACAUCUGGCACGUCCCCUACAUCGGUUUCCUCCAUGGAGGAGGACAGUGACAGCAGCCCCAGCCGAAGGCAGAGGCUGGAAGAGGCAAAGCAGCAAAGGAAAGCCAGGCAUCGUUCCCAUGGCCCGCUAUUGCCCACCAUUGAGGAUUCAUCUGAAGAGGAUGAACUAAGGGAGGAGGAAGAGCUGCUGCGGGAGCAGGAGAAAAUGAGAGAGGUAGAGCAGCAGAGGAUUCGAAGCACCGCCAGGAAAACCAAGAGGGACAAGGAGGAGCUGAGGGCACAGAGACGCAGGGAGCGAUCCAAGACUCCUCCUAGCAACCUCUCUCCCAUUGAAGAUGCGUCUCCCACAGAGGAACUGAGACAGGCAGCUGAAAUGGAGGAGCUCCAUCGGUCCUCCUGCUCAGAAUAUUCUCCCUCCAUUGACUCAGAGGUAGAGGGGUUUGAAAUGAUUUCUUCAAAGUUGUACAAGUCUGGCAGUGAGUAUAACCUGCCAACCUUCAUGUCUUUGUACUCCCCCACUGAAAAACCAACUGCCACAUCACCUUCUUCCAUUGAUAAACCACUGAAAAGCGCAGAGGAAGUUUAUGAGGAAAUGAUGAGGAAGGCAGAGAUGUUACAGAAGCAGCAAAAGCAGCAGAUGCAGCAGGUGCGUCAAGGCCAUACAAACCAGCAGGAAGAAGCACGAAACCUGCAGCAUCGGCAGCAGGAAGUAGCUGGCCAGCCAGGACACAGAGGCAACAUUUACACAGAUCCUCGCCAGACAUCACAAAACAUCACAAAAAUGCAGCAGUCUUCCGGUCAUGACAUGAGGCAGCAGCCAGGUGGUGAUACAGAAAUGGCUGGGUCAUAUCAAGACAAACAGCUUUUAGAUACUGGAUCAGCAUUUGCUAAAUUACUUGAACAGAACAGUGCUCUGCUCACACCUGGCACAAGCCCCACACAGCUUUCAGCUCCUGUGUCCUUCUCAGAAACCAGUGGGACUGGAGGACGAGGGCCUCCUGAUGUCCGAGUCACUCAACAUUUCGCAAAAGAUGGACAAAAGGACAGGACUGGGGGUCAAACAACUAAAUCGGGUGUCACCCCUGGAGCUGCCACCACUACAGCUGCUUAUGGGGUGUACACCCGGGAUGCAGUGGCGAUGAGCCAGAUGUCAGCUAGUCAACCUACUGGUGCAACUCAGUCAUCAACGUAUGUCCGCCAAACAGGAACUGUGGCUGCAGGUCCAAAUGUUUCCAGCAGGAUAACAGAGAUGAAUCAAAGGGAACCUCCUGGGAGACGGGGUUCUCAAACAGCACACAGUCCACAGCCCACAUCCCCAGAGCCUGCCAGCACCUCUCUCACCUCUAGAGUCUUCUCUUACUUUAAAGGUACAAGUCCUCCUCUUUCACCUUCUUCCUCUCCCACUCAGAGUCCUACUCAUUCCCCAUCCAGAAUGGGCACUACUGAGCUCUCCACACAAACCUAUGGCAAAGAUAGCAAACCAUCACCCCCUGCUGGUUCAGGAGUUGCCUCCCCAGUCACAGGUCAUGGUACUCAGACGCCACAGAGAGCUGCUUCACCACGCCUCUCUAGGCAACAAUCAUCCCAGGAUUCACCUUUUAUGGUGAUAACCCUGGGGUCAGAGCCCACCAGCCCCAGCAAACCAGUGACUGUCAACUCCUCUACUUCUCCUCUCUCCUCACCAACCAGGCUAAGUCGGCAGACAACAUUUCAGACUUAUACUCCCACUACAAGUUCCCCAACUUCCCCACAAUACCACCCCCCCCAUCAGUCACCACAGCAUGGCUUACAGAAAGCUCAAACUGCAGAAAGAGUUCAUGUUGGCACAAGCACCGUCACCACCACAAGCUCCUACACCCGUGCCUCAUCGUCCAUGGAGAACAUAUCCCUCUGUAGGAUCUCCACUGUUCCAGGAACAUCCAGGGUUGUUGAACAAAGCCACAUGCUACCCAGUGGCAACAUUGUUGAUCUAAGGGCACCAAUGAAACCAGCCCCCAUCAUCAUGACAGAACAGGGCAUGGACUUAACAUCCUUGGCAACAGAAACUCGUCGAUACUCCAUUGGAACUGAAGUGAGCUCUGGCCGGCAUUCUACAGCUGUACAGCCACUCAUCAUGAACUUAAAUGCCCAGGAACACACACAUGUAGCAGCAUCCACAGCAACAACUGUGAGUGUCACAGUUGCAGCUUCUAUGUUCAUAUCCCAGCCAAAACAGCCAGUGGUCUAUGGAGAUCCCCUGCAGAACCGAAUGGACUUAGGUCAAGGAGUGGGCUCAGCAGUAUGCCUGACUCAGAACAAGCCACCACUCACAGAUCCAUUUAUUCCAAAGAUAGAUGCUUGUCUGGAGGAUUUAGGCAUUCAGCAACAACAGUUACAAAAGCAGCAACAAAAGCUGCAACAGCAGCAGCAACAGCUAGAGGAGCAACUCCAACAACAUCAGCAACAAGCAGCUUCAUUUGCUAGAUAUAACUUGGCAAACCAAGUCCAGCCCAUGCUUCUAAAGAAAGACUUGCUGGUGAGCCACACUAGCAGUGCUCAGGCUGUGGUGAGUGUCACUGCGAUCCCCAGAGCAUCUCCUCUCCCAUCCCAAGCUGGAGCAGUCACCUCCCCCAUGCCUCCUCAUGACAUCUACGGUGGUGCCCCAUUGGAGCUGAAGAACAAACCUACGGUGAUGAAUCUUUCCACCGGUAAGCCUCAUGUCAUGGUGGUCCAGCUGGAGGAUAGUGCUUCACAGGGAGCCACAGUGACUCAGCUGGUUAAAUCAGAAGAGCCUCCUCACCAGGAAGUCCUGGAUCUCACUGGACAGAUCAAGACAGAGAACCAGGUAGCUUGCUGUGAUGUUGUAUACAAGUUACCCUUUGGUAGCAGUUGCCCUGGACCCUUUGCUCAGAGACCCAAGGGGCCAGAGAAGGCUGCUGUGUCUGAACCCUCUCAGGGCAGCCGUCCUCCCUCUGCCACUCAAUUGAGUGGAAACAGAGCACAUGAGUCAGGCCACGAUAACUACAGAUAUCAACAGCAAGGAACAGGUACUCAAGGAGUAAGAGAAGAGCACAAACCUGCACCCCUUCCAGUUUCUGGAAGGUUACAGCCAUCUAUGUCAGACACUAAUCUUGCUGAGGCCGGGCUUCAUCACCCUCAGACAAAGACUGAACCUGGCGAACUGGCAGUGGAUCUGAGCACCAUGAGGCAAGCAUACGAGGGAGGCUACCUGGGUAUGGGUGUGCAGUACGGAUCAUACACAGAUUUACGUCAUCAGGGGGAUGCCACGGGCCAACCCUUGCCUUUACGAAGGUACGGCUCCAUGUCGAAUAUUAACACAGACGUUGCCUAUUCUCGUGAUCUCUCCAAUUUCCAGGAAUCUAACCUGGCCCAGUACAGUGCUACCACUGCUAGGGAAAUCAGUCGAAUGUGUGCAGCCCUGAACUCAAUGGAUCAGUUUGGGGGACGCUAUGGUAACACCCCAGAGCUUCUGCAGUAUGGUUCUGUGAGAGGAGCCAGUGCAGCAGGUAGGCUCAACUUGCAACAGAGCUUAGCAUCAAUGAGAGCUAACCUGAUGCUUGGCUCUGAUGGGAGGCAGGCUGCACAGAGUCAAGCAUAUGCUAACUUUAUAAAUGCUAGACAAGCAAGCCUACGGGCAUUGUAUCCCUCUGCUGUCAGAGCUGCUGAUGGCAUGAUCUACUCCACAAUAAACACUCCAAUAGCCUCUACCUUGCCAAUCACCACCCAGCCCGCUUCUGUCCUGAGACCCAUGCUGAGGGGAGCUUACAGACCUUACCCUCCAGGUAGCAUGACUGCUGUACCAUUGGCUAGCCUCACCAGGUUGCCUAUUGUAAGUCCAAGGAUGCCUCUGUCCCCACAAGGACCUUAUCGCUAUCCUACCCCCAACCGUUUCCCCGCAGCCCCUGUCCCUACAAGUGCACCACCAACCACCACAGCCCUGGAGACUCCUGUCUACCUUGGGAAGCCUUCAGCUACCCCUGCUCCGCCAGGUGGCAUGCAUGCAGCUGCAUCCUUACCACAAGCACAGCUCAGUCAGCUGAGUACUCAAACUGUACCAGCUGCUGGUGUCCAUACAACUGCACUGCCUAUCCAAACAUCUGCAGUGGUGCCCACAAAUCAACAACUUCCAAUGCAAAUGGCAUCUCCACAGCUGCCACAUACUCAGCCUCAAAUGCAAUCUCAAGCAACCCUGCCACAGCCCCAAAUGCAAACUCAAAUACAGCCUCAAAUGCAACCUCAGACUCAGUUGCAAAUGCAAUCCCAAAUUCAGCCACAAAUGCAAACUCAAAUGCAACCCCUAAUGCAGCCCUUUACCCAGCCACAAACCCUUCCACAAAUGCAAUCCCAGACCCAGCCACAAACACUUCCACAAAUGCAACCUCAAACACAGCCACAAGCUCCUUCCCAGCAGCAGACCACCCCCCAGGCUGUGGCAGCCCCAGCAGCCAGCACCACAGCUACCACCAGCAGUAGCAUCCCUGAGAAGGAUAAGGAAGAGGAACGAUAUCGUCAACAGCAGGAGCAGCUGCUCCAGUUAGAACGGGAACGCGUGGAAUUGGAGAAACUUCGACAAUUGCGCCUACAGGAGGAGCUAGAGAGAGAUCGUUUGGAGCUGCAGCGACACAGAGAGAAAGAGCAGAUGUUGGUGCAACGGGAAAUCCAGGAACUGCAGACCAUCAAGCAGCAGGUCCUGCAGCAGCAGCAGGUGGAGAGGGAAACUCAGUUAGUUAUGCAAAGGGAACAGUUAGCCCAGCAGAGAGCACAGCUGGAUCAGAUUCAAUCUCUGCAGCAACAGCUCCAGCAACAACUUGAAGAGCAGAAAAGACAAAAAACUGCUGCUGCUGAAGCAGCUGCUGCAGCUGCAGCAGCCGAAGCAGCAGCUGCAGCUGCAGCAGCUGCAGCUACUACUGCACAAGGUGCCAUACAAGGUAUUGCUGUGGUUGGAGCAGGUGCCCCUCAGGGAUUCUCUAUUAUCUGUGAUCAGAGUGGCAGGGUAAUUCAGCAAGAUGUACCACUGGAACUUCAAAGGACCAUAGGUCAGAAUGGACAGUUCUGGCAGCCUUGUAUUGAAGGGCAUGUUGUCCAGGGAGUGGUGACCUCAAGGCCUCUACCUAGCUCUGCUUCGGAAAUGUCUCUGAGGAACAAGGAUCACAUGGAGACCCGGGCCAUGAAGAAGCGGAACUCGAUGCCUCGUCUGAGAGAUGAUGGAGAAGGGGAGGAGAACCAGCCCACAGUCAAGAGGAUUGCAGACAGUAGUGUUCAGACUGAUGAUGAGGAAGGAGAGGAGAGGUUCUUAUUGUCAAGGAGGAGGAGAACCAGACGCAUUGCAGACUGCAGUGUCCAAACUGAUGAUGAGGACCAAGCAGAAUGGGAACAGCCGGUGCGCCGGCGUCGAUCUCGCUUCUCUAAACACUCCGAGUCCAGUGCAGAGACUAAAGCUGAUGCAUCCAAAGUCUCCUCCUCCAGUAUUGCCAUCCAGACAACCACAGACUCUUCCUGCCAGACAGAGCCAGACCAGCUGGGCAGAGUUUCUCCAGCAAUCCACAUCACUACCUCUGAACCCAAGGUUGAGUUGUUGCACUACAUCUCAGCUCCAGAGAGAACCCAGAAGGGGGAAAGCCUUGCCUGCCAGACCGAACCUGAGGCCCAGUCUCAGGGUGUGGUCGUCCCUCAGCUCAGUGUGCCCACCACCGUCAGCCCAUACUCCACCAGCAUGCAGCUCGUCGGCUCUGGUGUGGCUGAUCCCCUCUCCUCACGACAGCAGGGAGUGGCUAAGUUUGAGAGGAGGAAGCCUGAUCCCCUGGAGAUUAGCUAUCAGACCCAACUGCAGAACGAGUCCCUGUCAAACCUAGGUCGCCAGGCUCCCAAAUCUCCCCAGGUUCUGUACUCUCCGGUCUCCCCUCUGUCCCCACAUCGCCUGCUGGAAACCUCCUUCUCUUCCAGUGAGCGGCUCAACAAAGCACAUGUCACACCGCAAAAGCAUUUCACCGCUGAGUCACCCCAGCGUCAUCAGACUCUGCCCCGACCAAUCAAGAGUGUGCAGCGAUCAAUGUCAGACCCCAAACCCCUCAGCCCCACCUCAGAAGACCCUUCCAGGGCCAGGUUCUCUUUGUACCAACAACAAGCUCUCCAGAACAGCCAGCUGGCAGCAUUGCAGCAGAACUCGCUUAUGCGUAAAGUGAAGAGGACCCUUCCUAGCCCACCCCCAGAGGAGACCCCCCUUCCAAUUGUCACCCCUGCCCUCCCUCAAAUGUAUGCCUCCCCUUCCACCCCUCCGAGGGUGCUCCCUAGGCCCGCACAGGGCGUCACCAAGGCUGGGCUCCUGAGUGAACUCAAGGCGGUCGAGCAAGAAUCCACAAAGCUUCGAAAGCAGCAGGCGGAGCUGGAGGAGGAGGAGAAGGAGAUUGAUGCCAAACUGAGGUACCUGGAGCUGGGCAUAACCCAGCGUAAGGAGACGCUGCUGAAAGAGAGAGAGAGGAGAGAGCUAGCCUACCUGCGGUGCAUGGGAGACAACCGUGACUACAUGUCUGACAGCGAGCUCAACAACAUGCGCAUGGCCUCAUCCGGUUUCGACAGCAGUGGUCUUUUGUCCAGGCCAAGCACAGCUCCUCUGAACCAGUUCCCUGCGGAGCAGCUCACCCCAUCUCAGUACCCCUCCACAUCCUCCUUCCUCAACUAUCAGUACCCCCAGAGCCAGCCGGCACCACCCCCAUCCCAGCCCACCCCCACCUACCAGCAGAUAGGAUUCCAGCCCCCACAGUACCCCACUAUCUCACAAUCUCAACCUCAGCCUGGCACCUUCCAGCCUCACCCAUCUCCCCCCACCCUCCCAACUCAAGGGACAUUCCCAACGCAGGGCUUCCCUCAGAGCCAGCCCUCCUAUCAGACAGACCUAGGUGUGCAACCCAGCCUUGGGUUCCAGCCCCCUCCUGGCCCUGCUCCCUACCCAACUCAAACCCUGCCAUACCCAGCCCACACACCCUUCCAGCCUGGUCAGGGCCUGUCGUUCCAGCCACAGGCAGAGGUGCUGACUAUUCACCAGAAGCCACGACAGACCUCUUUAGCUGACUUGGAGCAGAAGAUUCCCACUAAUUACGAAGUCAUCAGUAAUCCCACAGUGGUGGUGACUACCACAGCUCAAGACACUGCCUUCAGCUCCCCCUAUGCCUCCACGGCAAUGGCUAAUGCUUAUGGCCAGUACCGCCCCCCGGAGCAAACUCUGUCUGACCGGAUCCGCUCAGCAGACAGCCCAACCUCCACCUAUGCCUCAGAGGGCCUGUACACCAACCUGGAGCAGAACAUCCCUCGGAAUUAUGUCAUGAUAGACGACAUCAGUGAGCUGACGAAAGAGAACAUGGGGGCAUCCUCUGACAUGCACAGGCCCGAUGCCCAUGGGCAGCCUGCUAAUGGCCGAUACGGGAGUGAGAAUGGUCCCUCCAGACCUAGCUCCUACGGCAGGGCUGAAGAAGAGCCAGAAUACCCAUAUGGCAGUGGCAAGAGCACCACCACUUACCAGCAGCAGGGGGCAGACCCCCAUGGCAGAGGGGGCAGUGGCAGCAGUGCUACCAUGGGUGGGGGUUCCUCAUAUUACUAUGACGACUACAAGCAGUCUGGCCGCAGCAGCUCUGGAACGGGGCCACAGAAGCAUUCCUCUAAGAACUUGGCACCAGCAGUCGUGACCUCUAAGCGCAGCAAGCACAGGAAGCAAGGCAUGGAGCAGAAGAUAUCCAAGUUCUCUCCGAUUGAAGAGGCAAGAGAUGUAGAGUCUGACCUCGCCUCCUACACCAUCACAACAUCUACCGGCGACAGCUGCACCGUGGUGUCCAGGGCUAAGAAACUCCAGGACGACAUCACCUACGGGCUGAAGAAGAAUGUCUAUGAGCAGCAGAAGUAUUAUGGGAUGUCAAGCCGUGAGGCGCUGGAUGAGGACGAACGCAUGUACAGCUCUGGCAGGUCCAGGUCGACUGGAUAUGGAAUGGACAAGAUCUCCUCCAGAGAUUCAGGCUACAGGAGCAAGUCGUAUGAGAGGGACACCAUGGAACGGUCACAGAGAGCCGGCCACAGCAGGGGCAGGCCCUCCAUGCGACCCCAAAACUCAGAAGAGGAGAGUCCGCUUAGCCCUGUGGGGAAGCCUAUGGGUGUGGGUCGAGGUUCAAUGGGGCCAGACCCGCAUGAUAGUCGUAAUCAGUAUGGCUCCAGUCACUCUCUGCCUGAUGUACAAGAUCACAUGAAGGACAUGCCAAGGAACCAGGUCUACAAGCCUGAUGACCCUUACCUUGUGGAUGAUAUGCACUGUGCUGUAUCUGACAGUGAAGCCUAUCAUUUGGGACAGGAGGAGACGGACUGGUUUGAGAAGCCCCGGGAGCCGCGGGAGCCCCGGGAGCCUCGGGCUGAAAGGUCCAGGCACUAUGGCAGCAGUGGACAUUCUUCCUCCGGGAGACGGAGCCACGUCAAGCACACCUACCAUGACUACGACGAGCCUCCAGAGGAAGACCUCUGGCCCCAGGAUGAGUAUGGCCCUCCACGCCACUCCUCGUCCUCUUCUCGGGAGCACAGGCACCACAGCGGAAGCUCGGGAAGGCACUCUUCAUCUCGCCACUCCUCGGACGAUCCGCGCUCCUCUCGCUCUGCCCGGGGCCACGCGAAGGACUCAUCUGCGCGGCCGGACUCCAGGGGGACAUCUUCCUCCACACAGAAGAGGGGGACUUCACAGGGUUACCACGGCUCGGACUCCCGCGACCCCUCCGGUCACCAGCACGGUUCAGGUGGCCCCAGGACACAGAAGCAGCAGUCGUCCUCCAGGAGGCAGGACGGGUCCCGGCAGCAGCAGCGGUCCUCUGGGGGACCAGCAUCAGGGCGGCAGCCAGGGCCACAGCAGCAGGAAGGGCAGCAGGAGCAGACCCAACAAGGCCAGCAAGGGCAGCAAGGGCAGCAGGGACAGGCGCAGCCAGUCGGGCCACCUGGGCCAGCCCAGACUCCACCAACCACAGCAGCAGCACAGCAGCAGCAGCAGCAGCAGCAGCAGCAAGCUAAACCUGGACAACCUCAGGCUCAGCCCCCAGCCCAGACUCAAUCCCCGGCACCACCACAAUCCCAGCCACAGGCCCGCCAGCCACAAGCAGGCCCACAGGCUGGUAUCCAGCCCACCACUGCAGCUAAGACAGACACAACCGCUGAUGCCUCCAAGCUGGGGAUGAAGCCAGGAGUCACACAGGCUGCCAAACCGCCCCAGGUUCCCCUGACGGGUAUAGGGUCAAAAGCAGCACCCAGGCCAGGCAGCAUAGGCAGUGCUGCAGCAGGGCAGCCGGGGGCUGACGGGGAGAGCGUCCUCUCCAAAAUCCUACCAGGAGGGGCAGCGGAGCAGGCCGGAAAACUAGGAGAUGCUGUGUCUGCUCUGGGCAAGAAGUUCACCUCCUUCUGGUGAACAGCAGGGCGGAGGGGUUUUGCAGUUUAUACGGAGACCGACGUGAGGGUUCGUACUGGAGAAACCUAUGAACCACCCCCACGCCUACCCUUGUGUUUCAUCAGCGAGAGAGAGAGAAGAGACAGAGAAAGACAGAGAGAGGAGGUGUAAGGACACCUGUACCCCAGAUCAUCCAGGAGGGAGCGUGUGCAUGUGCUGUUACCCUGCCAGUGUGCCCUUGCUGGAACACUGACCCUAGACCUUCUCUGGCACCCACGCAAAGCUGAUCAGCCCAACUGAAGCAUUAUGGGAAAGGAGAGGCUGGCUGGAAGACUGCUUGGAAGCAUGUGGUUGUAGAGUGCGCUGGGAGAACAUGUGUGUGCAUGUUUUCAGGUGACGUGUGGACAUGGUGCACUUAUCUGAGCUCCGCCAUUGUGCGGAAUCCCUAAUCCCAAGGGCAUGCUCAGAGUGACAAUCACAAUCUCCUCUCUCUGGAUUAAAAUCCAAAAACAACCACAAUCUCUUCUCUCUCAGGACUGAGUCCCAUAACUUCUAACAGUUCAUAGGUUUUCUAGUACUGAAAGACCUCUUGUUACGAGUCGAAAGCACUUCAGGAAGCAACAACAAAAAAAGGAGAACUACCACGGCAACAAAAAUGUCUUUACUAUUUUGCUCGAUUAUUGUUUUCUGUCUACAUUCCAGGACAGUAAGGAUGCUUUUGUGGAAGCAUGUGAUGUGCGGCGAAGUGUGGCAGGGACGAAGAGGCAGCACCCACAUGAAGACCCAACACUGUUCAUCUCUACAGGCUAGGGAGCCACACCAGACACCGCACAAACAUUGCGCCCAAAAACCAGGAAAUGGCGUCUUAUCUGGACAGAGGACGGAAGGCAGGAAAGACGCACAGGCUGGAUUCCUCCUUUAGCUAUCAAAGCCAUGCUGAAUUCUUGGGCACGUGGGAGUUCUGAUUUCCUUUUUGUUUGUUUUGUAUUGUUUGCCUGAUAUUCUUCCACUGAGGAAAGAAGCAGCCUUAAUCACUCCAUUUUUUACUUGGAUACCUCACAUAUUUUUUUAAAUCCAUAUUACCCUAGCCUGAUUUCUUUGCACAACUGUAUGUAUAUAAUAUCAGUUAGA